AAUUAAAUUACGUUUCCUCCAGUAUCCUAAGAGCUCUUCUUAUUUUCCUCCAGGAAACAGAUGAACAGAAACGUCACAAAAUUGCCAGUGAACUUCUGCAAACAGAAAAAGCCUACGUUAGCCGACUUGACCUCUUAGAUGGGGUAUUCUAUUCCAGACUCCUUGAGGAAGCCAACAGAGGUUCAUUUCCAGCUGAAGUGAUUAACAAAAUCUUUUCUAACAUUUCAUCGAUAAAUGCCUUCCACAGUAAAUUCUUACUUCCAGAACUUGAGAAAAGAAUGCAAGAAUGGACUACCACGCCUAGAAUUGGAGAUAUUCUGCAAAAGUUAGCUCCUUUCCUCAAGAUGUAUGGAGAGUAUGUGAAGAAUUUUGAUAACGCUAUGGAAUUGGUGAAAACGUGGACUGAACGGUCACCUCAAUUCAAAUUCAUUAUUCAAGACAUUCAGAAGGAAAAAGUCUGUGGAAAUUUGACAUUGCAACAUCACAUGCUAGAACCAGUACAACGCAUUCCACGCUACGAGAUGCUUCUAAAGGACUACUUAAGGAAAUUGCCUCAGGAUUCUCUAGACUGGAAAGAUGCCGAAAAAUCCCUGGAAAUUAUAUCCACUGCAGCAAGUCACUCAAAUAGUGCAAUAAGAAAAAUGGAGAAUCUAAAGAAAUUGUUAGAGAUAUAUGAGAUGCUGGGAGAAGAGGAAGACAUUGUGAACCCUUCAAAUGAACUGAUAAAAGAAGGACAGAUCCUUAAACUCGCUGCUCGCAAUACAUCUGCUCAAGAACGUUAUCUUUUCCUAUUUAAUAAUAUGUUGCUCUACUGCGUCCCUAAAUUCAGCCUGGUAGGAUCAAAGUUCUCUGUUCGAACCAGAGUUGGCAUAGAUGGUAUGAAGAUUAUAGAAACUCAUAAUGAAGAAUAUCCACACACUUUUCAAGUGUCUGGAAAAGAGCGAACACUGGAGUUGCAGGCCAGUUCUGAACAAGAUAAGGAAGAAUGGAUAAAGGCACUUCAGAAUACUAUAGAAGCUUUUCAGCAGAGGAAUGAAACUUUUAGAAACGCUAUUGCUAAAGAAUAUGAAGACAUGCCUGUUGAGGUUUCUAACGCUGAGCUUGGAAAGAGAGCACCGAGGUGGAUACGAGACAACGAAGUAACCAUGUGCAUGAAAUGCAAGGAGCCCUUUAAUGCACUGACAAGGAGAAGGCACCACUGUCGAGCAUGUGGACAUGUGGUUUGCUGGAAAUGUUCUGAUUACAAGGCACAUCUUGAAUAUGAUGGCAAUAAAUUGAAUAAAGUCUGUAAGGACUGCUAUCAUGUUAUAAUUGGUUGUACGGACAGUGAGGAAAAGAAGAAGAAAGGCAUCUUGGAGAUUGAAUCUGCAGAAGUCUCUGGAAAUAGUGUCAUUUGUAGCUUUCUUCAGUACAUGGAAAAAUCAAAGCCCUGGCAGAAAGCGUGGUGUGUUAUACCUAAACAGGAAGCUCUUGUGCUGUACAUGUAUGGUGCUCCACAGGAUGUUAAAGCUCUGGCUACAAUUCCACUUCUGGGCUAUACAGUAGAUGACACUCCAAGAAGUGCUGACCUCCCGCACAGCUUCAAACUGACCCAGUCUAAGUCUGUGCACAGCUUUGCUGCGGACAAUGAGGAACUAAAACAGAAAUGGCUAAAAGUUAUCCAUUUAGCUGUCAAAGGUGAGACACCAGAAUGUCAAAAUGAACUGCAAGUGAAUUUAGAAGAGCAAUCUGAAUCUUCUAAAACAUCUGAAUGCUGAAGCUCAAGAACACAUGGUAUUUUUAAAAGAUUUCAGUUGAAUUUGUGGUUAAC